AUGAAUAGUAAACGAAAGUCUAUUGAAAAAGUCAACUUGCAGUUUGAAGCAACGCAUAGCAACUCUACAUUUAAAACCUUGAUACUAGCCCUUAUUCAGAUAGGAGUGUUCGUAGCAUUUAUGGUGUUGCUUAAUAUUAUGAAGUCAUAUUUGCCAUCACUAAAAUUCAUAUCAUAUUGGCUUAUGGGUAUAGCUUAUUUGCUUACAGCAACCAUCAUCUUUGUGAAGUACAUUUAUGAGACAUUUCCACUAAACAUGAUUUUGCUUAUAUUGAAUGCAGCAUUAAUAAGUUGUGCCUUCGGACCUCUUUUAUACAUAUCUAGUUUGUUGUGGACAUGUAUAUUUCUUAGUGCUGAUGGUGUAAUCAUGGUCACACUUCUCAUAGUUGGAGCAAAAGCAAAACUUUCCAGUAAAACCAUGCUGCUGAUAUUCAUCUUCGCAAUGCUAAUCGCCGUAAUAGUUAUUUGUAUCAUAGCUGCUGUAAAACAAACCUCAUGGAUUAACGAAAACUCUAUUGGUUCGUCAGUGGCAUUGUUGGCAGUACUGCUUCUUAUACUUGAAGGUAAUAAUUUGUCCACAGAUGGUAUGGCAUAUGCAUUGGCAUCUUUACUAAUAUUUACUACAUAUAUAUAUGUCUAUUAUUCCAUGUUUUUGCUCUCAUUUAAAUAUCUAAACGAACGUGGUCCUUCCACUCCUACUUACUACUAG